GUCCAAAGUCCUCGAGCAGGUGCGAAAUAGAGGGAACCUACUGACGUGUCAAAGAUCUUCUUCCGUGCGUAUGGCUCUAUUCUUUCUCCCUUUCGUAUGUUUCCCUCAUUUCCCAAUUCCCAUGAUAUCCCCUUUGCUCGCUUUAACCCGUUGAGCUGGGCGAGCGAGCGAACCGAGACCCUCUGUAUUCUCCUUGUUACUUUCUCUGAAUCCUUCUCUGUCCUUUUCUCGUUCCUCUUCAGUCUUCUAUCGCCAUUUCAGAAGUUUCUUGGAGAAGUCGCAAACAGCUUCCCAAAGCUGAGGCAUUGAUUAAAGGGCUUUCGUUUAUCAUGCCAUACUAUAUACAAAGGCUCUACAAUACCUGCAACGCGUCAUUCUCACCUAAUGGCCCAGCAUCAGAAGAAGCACUUCAAAAAAUUCGCAAUAUGUUAGGUACUUUGUUUAUCAGAAUGAUUUCAGUUUCCUCAACUGCAUAUGUUGCUUCAUAUAUUAUAUCUUACAUUCGAAUGAUGUGGCAUGGAUUGGAAUGAAUGAUUGUUUGUGAGAAAUCAUGCCUGUUACACAUUUGAGAUGCUUGAUGUUCUUAGCUACAAUUGCUUGGUCCUUGAGUGGCGCGUAAAGGCUCAAGCUUCAGCUGAACUAACUCAUGUUGGAACAUCAAUGAAACUUGGGGACUUAUCAUGUUCUCUUGCUAAAUGUUGUUUGAUAAUCGAUCUUCUAAGACCUCCAAUCCAUGCUCCAGAUAAGCCAACCCUUCAACAUUUUUUUUCUGCUUUUAUGUUGAUGACCCUUGAUUAAAUUAUAAUCAUAGUUUUUAUUUUAUUUCCAGACAUUUGUCCCUUGAUACUAAAAAAACGUUUUCUAGACUCAUCCCCUUCAUGGUGGGGUAUUCUAGCUCCUUUAGUUAUCAAGGUUAAUUUCAAUGGCCACCAGACAAAUGACAACUACUAUUCUAUGUGCUCUUCUAUAUGUACAUUCUGGUCCUCUACCUUCUCUUGGGUUGAAGUUAUAUUAUCUGAGAUUGAAGCUGUUUGAUAGACUUCUUAUGCUACGGCUUGUUCUAUUCACUUUAGUCUUACAUGCUCAGAUUGUGGCUGGUUAAGAAUAGUCUGGAAACCUACAUCUAGUUUUACCUGUAUUUGAGAAGGGAAUUCCUCUUUUAACUGAUGUAGUCAGAUUUAGGUUUAUUCUCUUUAAACUACACUUCUGACUCUAUGAUGACAUCAUCAAAGGGUGUAUGUAGGUCGGGUUGAUUAAGGGGUUGGGUUCGUAAACAGAAUAAGUAAUUGUGUUUUUUGUUAAAAAUAAUGAGCAACAAUAUGUGAAUAGUUUCACCAACUUUAAUGGAUGUUUCAUUCGUCUCUAACCCCAGAAAGGUCCUUUAAAAUGUUGAUUGUCACUAUGCCUCAUUGUUUGGAACUCUGUCUCCCGUGUAAGUGAAUCUUAAAAUGGUUCUGCACUUUUUAUACUGUAUGUAUCUUAUUAUCUAUUACGUGUCUGACCUUGGACUCCAUCUACUACUAUUCUUUAUUAUUCUUCUUUCUUUUGUUUUGUUCUAUGGUUUGUUUUUUGUUUAUAAUAAGCUCUCUUGGUUAUAACUUUUUCCUUAUUGGAUAUUCUUUUUGUUCUCUUACUGAAUAAUAUUUGCUUGUGAUCAGUUAUACCGGGUUCUUAACCAGUUUCUAUUUCUAUUGAAAUCCAUGAUUCCCUUCUAUCAUAAUUACAUUUGCUCAGCUUGAAGCAGUUGUGGCACAGGUUAAUUCGUUAUUGAUAGAACAUAAACAUAAACAGGAACAUGUGAAUAAGGAUCGGCAAAUACU